ACAGAAACUAUUGGCAGAGAAAUUCAUGAGCGUCCCCUACCUGUUAACGUAGUCAGAUAACCUCUCUGCAAAAUAAUUAGGUGAGGUGAACCCUCAGUUUCGAUCCAAUUACGAAACUGCAGCUUUUUCAAUCCAAUUGGGAUUCUUGGGUACUUUUAAUUUCAAGCUCUCCUGCUCCUCUGUUCCUGAUCUGGAACCAAAGGCACACUUGGUUUUGCUCUCAAUGAUCUCAACCAACUUCCUUAUCAUGUAUUUGAUUUGGCAGGUCAUGGCGGAGACUAAACUAAUAGCAAUUUGCCAGUUGGGGGGUGAAUUUGAGACUGAUAAGGAUGGUGCAUUGUCCUAUAGAGGUGGUGAUGCUCAUGCUAUAGACAUUGAUGACCAAAUAAAUUUUAAUGACUUCAAGAUGGAAGUGGCUGAAAUGUUUAACUGUAGCAUCAAUAAUAUUUCUCUCAAGUACUUUCUCCCAGGCAAUAGGAAGACUCUCAUUACUAUCUCCAAUGAUAAGGACCUAAAGCGGAUGAUAAAGUUUCAUGGGGAUUCUAUCACCACUGACAUUUAUGUCAUAUUUGAAGAUAAUGUUCUGCCUGAAGUCUCAAACUUGCCAGCCAGUAGAUCAAGCAGAACAACCUUGUCAGAAGCAAUACCACCUGUUGAUGCACCUCUGGCUGUUGUGGAUGCGGUUGUGGAUGAUACCACACAAUCUGCCAUCCAGCUUGCUGGACCUCUUGAUGUUGUAGUUGAUACCAAUCAUGUUGAUGUUCAUAUUGAUGAGGCACAGAUUGAUCAACCACUUGACAUUUCACCUAUUCUUCCUCUUGUUGGUUCCACUGAUGAUAGGUAUGGUAAAGGUGCACAACAGUGGCAAAAUACUAUUACUGGAGUGGGUCAGAGGUUCAGCAGUGUUCAUGAAUUUCGAGAAUCAUUGCGUAAAUAUGCCAUUGCACAUCAGUUUGCUUUUAGGUAUAAGAAGAAUGAUAGUCAUCGUGUGACUGUUAAAUGCAAAGCAGAAGGUUGUCCUUGGAGAAUUCAUGCAUCAAGAUUGUCAACCACUCAACUAAUUUGUAUUAAGAAGAUGAAUCCAACACAUACAUGUGAAGGAUCUGUAGUGACAACAGGGCAUCAGGCAACUCGGAGCUGGGUGGCUAGUAUCAUUAAGGAAAAGUUGAAAGUUUUUCCAAAUUACAAGCCUAAGGAUAUUGUCAAUGACAUCAAACAAGAGUAUGGAAUCCAGCUAAAUUAUUUUCAAGCAUGGCGUGGAAAAGAAAUUGCAAAGGAACAACUUCAAGGCUCAUAUAAAGACGCAUAUAAUCAGUUACCUUUUUUCUGUGAAAAGAUAACAGAGACUAAUCCAGGCAGUCUUGCUACUUUCACCACUAAGGAAGACUCAAGUUUCCAGCGCCUGUUUGUCUCAUUCCAUGCCUCAUUGUAUGGUUUUCUUCAAGGUUGCAGACCUCUCCUUUUCCUCGAUAGUAUACCACUGAAAUCAAAAUAUCAAGGCACAUUAUUAGCUGCAACAGCUGCAGAUGGGGAUGAUGGUGUUUUUCCUGUCGCUUUUGCUGUAGUAGAUGCAGAAACUGAUGAUAACUGGCAUUGGUUUUUACUACAACUGAAAACUGCACUAUCAACCUCUUGUCCCUUAACAUUUGUGGCAGAUAGACAGAAGGGUUUAAAGGAAUCAAUUGCUGAUAUUUUUAAGGGAUCGUUCCAUGGCUAUUGCCUUCGAUACUUGACUGAACAACUUAUUCGGGAUUUGAAGGGACAGUUUUCUCAUGAGGUGAAGCGACUCAUGGUUGAGGAUUUGUACUCAGCAGCUUAUGCAUCUAGGCCUGAAGUAUUUCAGAGGUGCAUAGAAAGCAUUAAAAGCAUUUCACUAGAUGCUUAUAACUGGAUCAUACAAAGUGAGCCUCAAAAUUGGGCUAAUGCUUUCUUUCAAGGUGCAAGAUAUAACCAUAUGAUGGCUAACUUUGGGGAGUCGUUCUAUAGUUGGGUGUCAGAUGCACAUGAGUUACCAAUAACACAAAUGGUUGACGCGAUUCGGGCAAAGGUUAUGGAGUUGAUUUACACACAGCGGGCAGAAUCUGAUCUGUGGAUGACAAGGUUAACUCCGUCCAUGGAGGAAAAACUUGAAAAGGAGAGCUUGAAGGACCGCUCCCUUCAAGUGCUACUGUCAGCUGGUAACACAUUUGAGGUACGUGGUGAAUCGGUGGAGGUGGUUGAUAUUGAUCGAUGGGAUUGUAGUUGCAAAGGGUGGCAGAUAACUGGUUUACCUUGUUGCCAUGGUAUUGCAGUCAUUAGUUGUAUUGGAAGGAGCCCAUAUGAAUAUUGUUCAAGAUAUUUCACAACUGAGAGCUACAGAUUAACUUACUCAGAAUCAGUUCAUCCUAUACCAAAUGUGGAAUGGCCUGUCCAGAAAGAUUCUUCUCAGGUUACAGUAACUGUAACCCCUCCUCCAACCCGGCGACCUCCAGGACGUCCCACUACAAAGAGAUGUGCACCACAAGAUAUAGUUAAACGUCAGCUCCAGUGCAGUAGAUGCAAGGGCCUUGGGCACAACAAAUCCACCUGCAAAGAGCUUUUGUAGUGUUAGAAGAGACUUUAUAAAGUGUUAGGCACUAAUCUGUAAAUGCUACAUGGAUGCUCUCAUAUCUCAUCAAUAGGGAUGACAACAAAGGACCGGAGACGUCAGGCUGAAACUGAAGCACGCAACGUUAUGACCAAAAACCCGUGCCAUGGAAAUCUAUCUUAUCAUUUUAGGAUAGUUUUGUGCAGCCGGUAUUCUUUGUUAGAUGUAUUUGUAACUUGAAUUCAUGCUGAAACUAGCUCAGAAAACAAGCAAUGACCAUGACAAUAAUGAUAGGGAAGCGUGUUCUAGCA